UAAUCUAUGGGUUUCAUUGGAAGAUUUCCUCUUAGAUAUUCUCCUGGGUCAGAUUUAAGUACAGCUGUGUAUCUAUCUAUUGUAUAGCUCUUCUUAUUCUGAAGUUUUGAAACAAUGAUAUAUAAUUCCUCAAUGAGAUUAUAAUUCAGCAUUGUAUCCAGUUAGAUCCAACAUCAGUUUUCAUGUGCUGUAUUUGAUACAGAUUUUUGCUCUCGUUUUGGAAUAAGUGUGAAAUAAAUUAAGGGCAGUAGAUCUACAUGCUCUGCUGAUGUGGAAUGAAAUCUAUGUGAGGCCAAUGGGGACCACAGGAGGGGCCACCACACGGUUUGUAUAUAAGGGGCCCACAUGGCAAUGGGGAGAGAGUUUGAGAGGGCUGUACACACCGGCAGUGUGCACAGACUUUUUCUUAUAUAUUAAAUAUCUGAUAUUUAUGGUUAAGAGGGCAGACCUCAGCGCAACGGUAAGGUUGCGUACAUUAUGACCCUCCCCAAACCUAGCAGUGGUGGGAGCCCCGUGCAAUGGGUACACCUUUAUUUUCUUCUUUUAAAAUCUGAUGAUAUUUAUCCUUAUUCUCUUUCUGAUGAAAAUAGGAUCAUUUGUGUUUUCUUUAUGAUCAAAAGGCUUUCGGAAAAAUGACAUCGUACUCUAGUCAUCUAAUGCUAUAUUUGAAGAUAAGAAUGAAUUAACUACGGCUGCUCUUAGUCAUACCGCAGGAGUGUAGGCUCCAGUUUGACCAUCCAGUGCAUGACGGAUGAGUAAUCUUCUGGUUUGGUGCUUACAAUACCCUUGUGAUGUUAGCUUAAUGCUUAGUAGUAAUGCUUGUAUACCAAAUUUUGAAAAAUCCAUGAGAGAUUUCUUACCAUUUAAUGCACACUGUUGGGGGGAGGAAAAAAACAAUGGUAGUAUGAAUACUCGUGUUUAUCAAACGCAGCUGUGAUCUAUAUGAGAUUUUGUAACGGUGUUUAACCCAAGUUUUAUUCCUCGCUUCUGUUCUGUAUGUAUGUUGGGCUUAGUAGUGCCUGUAUAGGGAUUUGAAAAAUCCAUGAGAGAUUCCUUACCAUUUAAUGCACACUGUUGGGGGGAGGAAAAAAAACAAUGGUUGUACAAAUACUCAUGUUUAUCAAAAGCAGCUGUGAUCUAUAUGAGAUUUUGUAACGGUGUUUAGCCCGAGUUUUAUCCAUCGCUUCUGUUCCGUAUGUAUGUUGGGCUUAGUAGUGCCUGUAUAGGAAAUUUGAAAAAUCCAUGAGAGAUUUCUUACCAUUUAAUGCACAUGCAGCUGUGACCUGCAUGAGAUUUUGUGACGGUUUUUAUCUGGGAUUCCUCAUUUCUGUUUCAUAUGUCACAUGUUAGUGCCUGCUGCUUUUGAAGUUUGACAAACUUACUGCACCAUGAUUAAUUUACUGCCAUUUUAAAGUACAUGGUCGACGGGUUGGGAGAGGAAGAAAGGCAAUAUGUGUGCUCUGUCAUGUUUACCAUUAAUCUUGAUUUAGGUUCAUAUGGACGUAUUUUAAUUGUUUGGGAUAUCUGUUUAGUUCAUUACCUUAUAUUGGAGAACUUGUGGUGGGUGGAUGACCAAAUUGGAAUCACAAGAAAUAAAUGGAAACUAUUAAUUGGCGGAGAAUUCUAUGCAUGUUUGCUGUAGACGUAUAAGGUUAAGAUAUCCUAGGUGGGGUUCAUUGUUAGAAGAGUUAGAUAUCCAUCUUCUGGUUUAGAAGUUUAGAGUUUUGAGGGAUGAAUUCGCGUAAACCUUGUAGAAGAAAGAUGUUUGGGUUUAGCCAUUUUUCAAUGGGAACAGAAUGUGUCCGGGGUUGCUUAAAAGAAGAACAUCCUGGAAUCUUGAGUCAUGGAACGUUUCAGCAUGAUACUCCCUUUAGCAUAAGUAGAGAAUCAAAUACUGCUUCAAUAGUUUCCAGCAGUAAUGUCAUGGAAGCGACCAAUGAUGCACAACCAGUAACAAUGGAUGUUCAACCUAGCAGUUGUAAGGAAGUGAAGGUUAAGCGGUCUCUUCGGCAUAAAAUUUCGGUUGAUUAUGGGGCAUUCGAUAUUAGUUCUGAAGGGGAAUCUGAUUGUGAAAAGUCCAUGAAGGUAUAUGCUGGAUGGCGUCCAGACGAAGCAUGCAGGCCAAUCAUUGAGGAUGCUCCUGUUUUUUAUCCCAAUGAAGAGGAAUUUGAAGAUACGAUUGGUUACAUAGCAAAGAUACACAAGAUAGCUAAGCCUUAUGGCAUAUGCCGGAUUGUGCCUCCUCCGUCAUGGAAGCCGCCCUGCCCUUUAAGAGAUAUGAGCAUAUGGGAACAUGCUAAGUUUGCCACACGUGUCCAACAAGUAGAUUUACUUCAGAACAGGGAGCCCAUGAGAAAGAAAUACAAAAGUCGCAGCCAAAGGAAGCGGAAAAGAAGACGGUGUUCGGGGAUUGAAACAAACCAGAGAAGGACGAGUUCAGAAGCUUAUGAAGCGAGUGAAUGUGUUGCUUCUGACAUGGAUGAGAAGUUUGGGUUCCAAUCUGGUUCGGAUUUUACACUUGAAGACUUUCAGAAAUACGCAAAUGAUUUCAAAAAGCAUUACUUUGGAAUGAAGGAUGCUGAAGAGAACUUAAAUUUUGUCAAUGUUGAACCCAAUAAGCGGUGGGUGCCAUCGGUAGAGGAUAUUGAAGGUGAAUAUUGGCGGAUAAUUGAGAAACCAACGGAAGAGGUUGAGGUUUGCUAUGGUGCUGAUUUGGAAACCGGAGUGUUUGGAAGUGGAUUUCCUAAGGUGUCAUCUUCAGUAACUGGAAGCAACUCAGAUCGGUAUGUGGCAUCAGGGUGGAAUUUAAAUAACAUUCCUCGCCUACCAGGAUCUGUACUGUGUUUUGAAAAAGGAGAUAUUUCAGGGGUUCUAGUGCCAUGGUUAUAUAUUGGGAUGUGCUUCUCAUCAUUUUGUUGGCAUGUUGAGGACCAUCACCUUUACUCUCUAAACUAUCUUCAUUGGGGUGACCCUAAACUAUGGUAUGGAGUCCCUGGAAGCAGUGCUGAGAAAUUGGAGAAUGCCAUGAGAAAGCAUUUACCAGAUUUGUUUGAAGAACAGCCAGACUUACUUCAUGAACUGGUUACUCAGUUAUCCCCAUCGGUUUUAAAAUCUGAGGGUGUUCCAGUCUACCGAGCUGUCCAACAAUCAGGAGAGUUUGUUCUCACAUUUCCGCGGGCAUACCACUCUGGCUUCAACUGCGGCUUCAACUGUGCGGAGGCUGUGAAUGUUGCUCCAGUUGAUUGGUUACCACAUGGACAAAGCGCUGUGGAGCUCUACAGUGGGCAAUGUCGCAAGACAUCUGUAUCCCAUGACAAGCUGCUUCUAGGGGCAGCUGGUGAAGCUGUUCGGGCUCUUUGGGAGCUCUUAGUAUUGAGGAAGGAAAGUAUGGAAAAUUUACGUUGGAAAAGUGUCUGUGGUAAGGAUGGGGUACUCACAAAGGCUAUUAAGACCCGAGUUGAUAUGGAGCAUGAAAGAAUAGACUCUCUUCCGAUAUUUUUGCGGUCCCGAAAAAUGGACAGAGACUUCGAUUUGACUCAUGAUAGAGAAUGUUUUUCAUGCUUCUAUGACUUGCACCUAUCUGCUGCAAGUUGCAAGUGCUGUCCUGACCGCUUUGCAUGUCUUAAACAUGCAAACCUUCUCUGUCCAUGUGAAAUAGGCCAGAGGUUUAUUCUUUUCCGCUAUAACUUGGAUGAAUUGGACAUUCUGGUUGAAGCUUUAGAAGGUGAAUUGAAUUCUAUCAGUCAGUGGGCCUUGAAGGACCUUGGAUUGGUUGCAAUCAAUCACACUGGUGCUAGUAUCCCUAAGCUGGACCAAGAAAGUAAGGGAACCAGGCCUGAUUUUCUGGUGCAAAAGGAAAGAAGUUUCUCUUAUUCCCAAGGAAUGGAAGAAAUCCAUUAUGUUGACAAGACUUGCAAAUCUGAUCUUUGUAAUUCUUCAGAAGCAGUUUUUCCAAAAUGGCAACAGCGGUCAUCUAGUUUAUGCAGACCUUGUAUCAAGCCAGAAGUAGAGAAUGGGGUAUUAAAUAAAGGAACUAUCAUCAUAAAAGAUGAGGGUGGACGACAUCAGGACAGGUGUAUUGACUUAAAUCUGGAGGGUCUGUUGGACUUGGAUGAACAUGGAAGUGGGGUGCAAGAAAUACUGGAUGGUGGUAAUAAUAGAAACUCUCUUAAUGUGGCUGAGACCUGUCUAUCAGUGGUUAAGAAACAGAAAGUUCUUGGUUCAGAUGUGUCAGAAGCCAGAAUAGUGGGUUCUGAUCAUGGUGGAAGGUCCCAUUCUCUUCCUUCCAAGUCAAUUUCUGAUUGUAGUUCGUCAGUCUCUCGUGGUCAUUCCGUUGAGUUAAAUUCUUCUUUUGUUCUUUCCACCAAAUAUCACCCAUCAUGUUCAAGGGAUGCUGGGCAACAGUGUAGUGGUAAUAAGCUGUUUGGGGUUGAUCUUUGGACUUCUUAUCCAGAUUCAUCUUCAUCCUUAAGCACAAUCGUCAAAACUAAAACUAAUGUGGCCAGUCCUUGGCUAAAGACUUCAUUAAAUAGACCACCAGUGCAAAAGUUGGAUUUAAAUGUCGAGGCUAUAACCAUUGGAGCAGUUGUUCACAGCAAGCCGUGGUGCAAUAAGCGCACCAUAUUCCCAAAAGGGUUCAAGAGCCGUAUCAGAUUCUUUAGUGUGCUUGAUCCAACACAGAUGUGCAGCUAUAUUUCAGAAGUCCUCGAUGCUGGCCUCCUGGGGCCUCUUUUCAAGGUUACGGUCGAGGAAUGUCCGAGUGAGACCUUCACCAAUGUCUCAGCUGAGAAGUGCUGGGAAAUGGUCCUAGAUAGACUAAACCAAGAAGUAUUAAGACAGCAAAUACUUGGAAAAAGACUGCCACCGUUGCAUUGUUUGCAAAGCCUUGAUGGGCUUGAAAUGUUUGGAUUUUUGUCUCCACAAAUCAUUCAGGGUAUCGAGGCACUUGAUCCUAAUCAUCAAUGCUUGGAGUACUGGAACCAUAAGCUGAGAUUGGAAGGGGAUGAUUUGAAUAACCUCCCUACAGUGCAUUCUGUGGUUUUGGGCAAUGAGGACAAUGGCAAGGGAUGCCAUUCCAGAUCAAGUUUUUCUACAGAGGAAACACAGCCGAAGAUCUCUGGUCUAGAUUUCAAAAAACUUGAUCAGAAUAAAUCAAAUUUAGAGAUCCAUUCGGUUGAUGAUGUGCAGUUAGUGUUGGGAGGAUUGUUGAGGAAAGCAAAUCCUGGUGAACUGAUGAUGUUGCACAGGAUAUUUUACAGUGACUCAUGGAGCACCGAGUGGCAAGUGGCAGUUAGGACUUUAAAACAAGAGAUGGAGAAAACUGUAAAUAAAAAAUAGAGGAGACAAAAGGAAAUUUCUUUCCUGUCAGGUAAUCUUUUUCAUUUACUCAUACAUCUAAAUCUCCCAAUUUAUUAGGUCCAUUCUUUCAACCACCAUAGAGAUCAUAAGCUGCCUGUCUAGGACACUUGAUCAUAAGGUUCUUUAGUCUGAUCUCAUUAACUGGUCAUAAUCCAGGCUUCUUGUACAUCAGAAGUAUCAAUUAGUGUUUAAAUUUAUUGACUUUUACAAAAUAUUUCCUGUCUUCAAAAUUCCAUGUGGGGUUAUGAGGUUAUGCUUAUGACAACUCUUCUUUUAGAAGGGUGGAUCAAUCAUUCAAUUCUCUGUAAUUUUCAUACAUGGCCUUGGAUGCUAUUCCAUCUCUUCUAUAUAUCAUAUCCUAUUUUGAUCA